CAAGUCUUUGAAUAUUUCUACUUAGAUAGUUGAGGAAUAACUCAACUAGAAGUUUCCAUGUAGUCUUCAAUAUGUAUGUAGGGUUUCCCUUAUUUUUGGUGUUUGCAUUCCUCAUAGAAAACUGCAGUCAAGUAAAGUGGCACUUAGAGCCGCAGCCAAAUGACUUAGACAGAGGAAUCUAUGACGAGCCGAGACCUGAUGACGGACACAUCUGUCUGAGGGAGUGUACAAGAGGGGAGAAAUCCAGGAUUUGUUACUUCAAGUUUCAUCUGGAGGAUAAUCCUGUGCUUGGGAGUGCAUGCAAGAAUUGCCCUGAGAACAAAACUGACUGUUUGAAUCCAGAAUGUAUAACAGCUGAUUCUUACUUACAAAACAUCCUUACUGUCAAUAGAAGACUGCCAGGACCUUCGAUACAGAUUUGCCAUGGUGACACAAUCAUUGUAGACUUGAUCAACGACGUCCCUCAUAGCAAUGUUACCCUACACUGGCAGGGGGUGAAGCACCUCGCCACUCCAUGGAUGGAUGGAGUUCCCUAUGUCACUCAGUGUCCUGUGUUCUUCAACCAAACCUUCCAGUACCACUUUGUACCUGGCGAGCCUGGGUCAUACCUGUGGCAUUCUUAUGAUGAUGAUAAACAAUUACGAGGAGUAAUUGGUAGUCUCAUUGUUCGAGAGCCUGUCACAGACAGAUUCAGACUGUUAUACGACCAUGAUCUCCCAUCUCACAUAAUUCUUGUACAAGAUUGGAUUCACCAAAUACAAGAAGACAACGCUAUACAAAGCGUCCUGAGAGACCAGAUUGGAGGAAUAGGAAAUAGUCAAAUUCGGAUACCUGAUGCUUACCUCAUCAAUGAUUUCUCCAGAAUCCAGUCCAGACUCCCGUGGCAGAGUUCUACGUCCAUCAUGGCUUCUGUUUACCGUUUCCGAGUGAUUGGAGGAACUUCUCUUUCUUGUCCGUUCCGUCUCACUGUACAAGGACACAAGCUGCUUGUCAUUGCAGCUGACACAAACAUUAUCAAACCAGUCUUAGUUGACUCUCUGAUAGUAUCCUCAGGAGAGAGGUACGAUGUGGUACUGAAUGCUACUCAGCCAGUGUGCUCGUACUGGGUGUUGGUGGAGGGGGUUGGAGACUGUAGUGUCAUCUCCCAAGCUGCAUUGCUGCGUUACCACGGCUGUACACUGGAGAACCUUACACUUCCACAGUAUCUAGCUCCUGCCAUACCCAAGGCUGAGGACAGAUACACCCUGAACCCAGAGGGUGGAGAGUGUUCUAAAGCAUCACUCUUACAAGGGGUGUGUAUCAGCCAGCUGUUGAGUCCAUCAGCAAUCCACCUGCGACUGAGUCGUACGCCUGACUUUAGGUAUCUGGUGAGAAUAGACUCUCCUGUCACUGCUGUAGCUGUAGACGGUCCUUUCACCAGCUUGAUUUUGACUCCUGAAAUGCCAAAAGAUACAACUAAGAUUCAUGCUCCACUCAAUGCGGUCUUAGAAAUUUUAAUGGUCAACAAAAGAACAUCAAACAUGAGUUUGUCCUGUCACAUCCACGGACAUGACUUCUACAUUGUAGAGCAAGGAAGGCUCCCUGACUCCUCGUCUGAUGACUUACACAGCCUCCAACAGAGCCUGGCUGACAGGAGGCUGGUCAGUAGGUUCAUCAUCUCUAAGGACACUGUGACUAUCUCUGACGGAGGGUACACCCUGGUCAGGGUCCUGGCAGACAACCCAGGUUUCUGGUUGCUGCGAUGUCGCUCGGACCCUGAUAUCUCUGCUGUUAUAGAGGUGGGGCGGUUAACAGAUGUUGCCCCUCUACCCCAAGACUUCCCCACAUGCGACGGGUUUAACCCUUACUCAAUGGAGUAUCUAACAAUUUAUACCAGAGUGAAGUAUCUUUUUAUUUUGUUCAUAGUUUCAUCAACCUCACGAUGCUUAGGCCAACAGUCAGCAACACGGUCAAAUCAAAAGAAGAUGAUGUCGGGAGACGUUAAGACACAACCAGACGACAUCAUGUCAGGGAAGUACGAUGACAUGAGGUUUGAUGAUGGCUGGCUUUGUACCAGAGAAUGCCAACCCAAUGAUCCCAGACUUUGCUACUACGUCUGGAUGAUUGAACCCUACAAUACUUUGAACAGAGCAUGUGGGGGCUGCCCCAAUGUAACAUCUGACUGUUUUCUACCUCAGUGUGUUGCUGCUGACGGAUAUGAGAAGCCAAUUUUAGCUGUAAAUCGCUUACUACCAGGACCUUCUAUUCAGGUAUGUCAAGGAGACACUGUGGUCGUUGAUGUAGUAAAUCAGAUGCCAGGACGUAGUAUGACAAUACACUGGCAUGGACUACACCAGAGAGGGACUCCAUGGAUGGACGGGGUACCAUUCCUAACCCAGUGUCCCAUUCACGAGUCCGAAGUUUUCCGAUAUCGUUUCAAAGCUGACGAUUGUGGCACAAACUUCUGGCACUCGCAUGAUGGACUUCAAAAAAUUGAUGGAGUACUUGGCAGUUUUAUUGUAAGAGUUCCGGACUCAGAAAAUCCUAUUCGGCGUUUUUAUGACUUUGAUUUGCCAUCACAUGUAAUUGUGAUCCAAGACUGGAUGCACACUACCGCUGAUGAAAGAUUUCCUGGAUACUACAGGUACCGAGAAACUGGCCAAUCCCCUGCAACAUACCUCAUCAACGGCCGAGGAAAUAAAGUGAUUAACAAGAAAGAGAUAAUUGGCAACGCACCUCUGUCAGAAUUCAAGGUUCGCCAGGGUUACCGUUACCGCUUCCGUCUGAUAGGAGCAAGCUGUCUGUCGUGUCCUUACCGCUUUACAGUCCAGGACCAUAAACUACUGGCUGUUGCUACUGACAGGAACCCAAUAGAACCUGUGUAUUUUGACUCUGUUAUUCUGUCCGCUGGUGAAAGAUACGACGUUGUGAUAGAAGCAAUGCAGCCCAUUGAUGCCUACUUCAUGUUCGUGGAAGGUCUGGGAGAUUGUGAUCAAACCUCACAAGUGGCAGUGUUGAGGUAUGAAGGAGGACCUUGUAGACCUUCAGUGUCUCUUACUGAGGCAUUCCCCGACAACGAGGCAGGAUAUAUGCUGAAUGUUUACAACUCGGCAUGUGAUGAGGCCACCCUGGCAAUGGGCCGGUGUAUCAGCCAGCUCAGCAGCCUCAUGCGGACCCCUCCACAAGUGCUACGUCCGGAACCUGACAUUAGAGUUCUAUUCACCUUUGAUUUUUAUAUCUUUGGAAAUGAAGAACUCUUCUAUUCCGGAAGCUACAAGAAUUAUUUUGUUGCCCCCGACACAAAACAUCUUGCUGGAAGGAUGAACAACAUAUCGUACUCCAGUCCUCCCUCCCCUCUGCUCACCCAGCUGUACGACAUUCCACCUGAACAUUUCUGUCAAAACGCUGAGUGUGUCAAGGAUGGAAGUGAGAACUGUGCUUGCACACAGAUUGUACAUGUGCCUCUCAACUCUGUGGUGGAGUUUAUGUUUGUUCACUCAGAGCCUCCAGAUGCUGCCAUGUUGUUUCACCCUUUUCACAUUCAUGGCACCGACUACUAUGUCAUAGAAGAAGGAAAGUUACCCGACACUUACUACACACCUGAAUCACAGGCAUUUGUUCGGAGGAAAAUGAGUGAAAAUAGGUACAAUCUGAAGCCUAACCUUCCCAUGAAGGACACUGUGUCAGUCCAAUACCAGGGAUACAGUAUCAUGAGGAUAUUGGCAGACAACCCAGGAAUGUGGUUUAUUCACUGCCACUUUGCAUACCACCAGGAGACAGGCAUGGCUGUGGUACUUUGGCAAGGAGAAUAUGAUGACAUUCCUCCUCCACCGAAGGGAUUUCCAAAAUGUUCAGACUUUCUUGAAGAACCUGUAGAAAUUAUUCCUGACUGCAAACCUCCUUUUAAAGUCAAAGAACAGCUACUGAUAUUUUGACCGUGUUUGUGCGCAAAAUUGUUACCUAAAAGCAUAUGAACAAAAAUUAUUUGUUUAUUGAAACAAGCAUGAGGAUGGAUGACUGCUAGAGACUGUUGUUGACUGGAUGCAGCUGAAAUUGUUGCCACAUGGUUGUUAUGUAGAUUCAAGCUUGUGCAUUUGCAAGCAUAUGUAGUGUUGGUAAUUAUAAAGACGUUUA